CUGUCUCUGUGUUUCUGAGGCCGUAUUGCAGCAGGGCGCUUUAUGCUGGGUGACCGGAACCAGUUGAAACCGGUUUGAGGCAGACGGAGAGCUCACAGGAACAAUGCCGCCUCUGUGCUCCACUGAGGGAUAGAGAUAGCCCAGGCUACUCCAUGGCAGCCCUUCACAACUCAGCCACUGGCUGCUAUGGCAAAGGCACAGAUCCUGCCGCUGCUGACUGCUGGCUGGAUGUCGGUGUGCUAUGCAGCAUGGCUCACUGCAAGGGGAGCAGGGAGAUUUGGGAAGGGACGAGGGCAGGGGGACGUGGCUGGCUGGGAGUCUGUGAAUCUGCAGCCUAGAGCCUACCUCACAGGACUAUUAUCUAUCUGUCUGUUUGUGUGUCUGUAUGCUGCUAGUGGUGCAGAGAAUGAUUAAGGAGGAUCCUUACCAACACCAGCACCACUCACCAGCUCCCUGGAUGUAACCUGACCCUGUAUUCUGGGCCUUUGCCUGGUUGGAAAGAAACAGGAUUUUUUUCCAUGCAGGGUGGGGUGGAUGGCUUUUUGUGGGUUAGUGGUGUUGUGACUGUGUUUGUUACAGGAUGGAAGGAAGGAAGGAAAGAAGGUUUGGCUAGUGGCUGGAGAGGGACGGAGGCAAGAGGGUAAUCUCCUCCUCAGAUCAGGAGCAGGACCAUGGGAGAUAUGAAGACGCCAGACUUCGAUGACCUGCUGGCGGCCUUCGACAUCCCUGACAUGGUGGAUCCCAAAGCCGCUAUUGAGUCUGGCCACCAUGAUGACCACGAGGGCCAGGUCAAACAAGGCAGCGGUGUGUUGGCUGCCAACGAGGACGAGGCCCACAAUCCCUCUGCAGGGCACGACGUUGGAGUUAGCGUCAUUGUCAAAAACAUCCGAAAUAUGGACACUGGUGAGAAUGGUAGAACCAUAUCAGAGAAAGACGGCCAUUUCCACUCUCAUCCCCACACCCAUUCUGUUGCCAUAAGCAAUGGACUUCAUAAUGGCUUCUUACCAGCCAUGCCUGGUAAUCAUUACAACAAGAAUGGAUGGAAAGCUCCUCGGGAAGAAGGUGCCCCAGUUAAUAACCCAUCAUCUACCUUCAAUCAGUUCAGCCCUAUCUCCAGUGCUGAAGAGUUUGAUGAUGAUGAUAAGAUUGAAGUAGAUGACCCUAUGGACAAGCAGGGUAGCCAAUCAUUUUUCAGGCCCACUCCAAACUCCUUGACUGGGCGGUCUUCCUGUCCUAAGAGAGAGGAGCAAAAUCCAAAAAUGUCUACAUCAGCAGACAGCGUUUCUAAGCCUAGAGCCAGUGGAGAUUCAGGUCAGCCUAAAUCUGAUCAAAACAAUAAUAGCAAUGGCACUUUGGAUUAUUCCAAGUUUAAGGACCCCCUUCAUUCAAGGAAGCCUGAAGAGGAAUCCAAAGAAACUGUCCUAAAGCCUCAAGGGCAGGAGAGCCAGGAGGCAGGAGAGCCCUCAGGGGUUGGCUCUGUUAGUGUUUCCAGUCUCGUGCAGGCCAAAGCCAAGUCCUCUGCAAAACUCUCCUCUUGUAUAGCAGCCAUUGCAGCCUUGAGUGCCAAAAAGGCCAGUGUUGUUGACUCGGGUGUCCUGGAUUCCCCUACUACCCAGAAAGAAUCUGUACAUAUAUCACCAGACAGAGAGUCCCUGAAAGAAGCCAGUGAAAGUCCCAGAGCUUCAGAGAAGCCACAUGAACAGGAGUCAGCACUGGAUGUUGCAAAGAGGGUCCUGUCGACAGAGCCAAACAGCCCUUCUAGUGUCAUCAGUGAGGGUAGCAGUAAAGGCUCCCCUGGCUCACCCACAGGCACCACUCCUGUCAUCCCAAAGGUAAGAAUCAAAACCAUCAAGACCUCCUCAGGCCAGAUCAAACGUACCGUCACCCGAAUACUUCCAGAUUUUGAUCCCGAAGGCCUGAAGAAAGGAGAAAAUUCCAGUAUCCCAUCUGUCAUGGCUUCCUCUAUGCUGUCCUCCCCAGCCUCCAGUGCAAUCUUCUCAUCUCCCACACGACCCUCUCUUCCCACCACUGUAGUAGCCACUGCUACAGGUCCCUCCAUGGAGAUUACCAAGCAAAUGACUAUCAAACCUGUGGCAACAGCCUUCCUGCCAGUCUCAGCAGUCAAGACAGCAGGUUCACAAGUUAUCAACCUCAAGCUGGCUAACAACACCACGGUCAAAGCAACAGUCAUCCCUGCUGCCUCAGUGCAGAGUGCCAGCAGUGCCAUCCUAAAAGCUGCUAAUGCCAUCCAGCAACAAACUGUCAUGGUACCUGCCUCCAGUUUGGCUAAUGCCAAACUUGUGCCAAAGACAGUCCAUCUUAGCAACCUUAAUCUUUUGCCUCAGACAGUAUCUUCUGCUGCCUGUGAUCUCCACCAGGCUCUGUCCUCCUCCAAGCAGCCUCAGCAUCAACAACCACAGCAUCAAGUCAAGCAACAGACAAUACUGGCUGGCCAGGCCCCAAAGAAAGUCUCCAGAGUUCAAGUGUUCACCAGCUCUCAAAGUUCUGUGGUGGAUGCCUUCAAUAAAGUCCUGAGUAGCAUAAACCCUGUCCCAGUGUACGUGCCCAACCUCUCUCCCCCAACUUCAGCCUGUAUCUCACUACCCUCUCGUGGCUACAAGUGCCUGGAGUGUGGAGAUUCCUUUGCUCUCGAGAAGAGCCUGACUCAGCACUAUGAACGUCGCAGUGUGCGGAUCGAGGUCACUUGCAACCACUGUGCCAAAAGCCUCGUGUUCUAUAACAAGUGCAGCCUGUUGUCUCAUGCCAGGGGCCACAAAGACAAAGGAGUGGUCAUGCAGUGUUCACACCUAAUCCUUAAACCCAUCCCUGCAGAUCAGAUGUUGGCCGCACCAUCUGGCCCAUCCAACGUUACAUCCACCACUUCCACCACCCAAGCCCAGGGCUCUGCAGGUCAAAUCCCAGGGAAGGCUGGUGGCGGUGGGGCCCAAACUGCAGUGAUCUCAGCCCCAUGCAGUGUUCCUCUAGUUGCAGCCAUGCCUUUGGAGGAUGAUGCAUCAAAACUCUGCAGGCACAGCCUCAAGUGCUUGGAGUGCAAUGCCAUGUUCCAGGAUGAAAGCUCCCUAGCCAUGCACUAUCAACAGGCACUGGAAACCAGUGGGCAGAAAACAUGCACUAUCUGCCAAAUGCUUCUUCCCAAUCAGUGCAGCUUUCUGUCGCACCAGCGAAUCCACCAGCACAAGUCUCCUUAUAUCUGCCCUGAGUGUGGUGCCAGCUGUCGCUCUGUCCACUUCCAGUCCCACGUCACCAGGAACUGCCUGCAUUACACACGAAGAGUCGGCUACCGAUGUGUCCACUGCAGUGUGAUCUUCGCUGAUGUUUCUACUCUGAAGUCCCACAUCCAAAGUACCCACUGUGAGAUCUUCUAUAAAUGUCCCAUCUGCCCAAUGGCCUUCAAGUCAGCGCCAGGAACACACUCUCAUGCGUACACGCAACAUCCCGGAGUAAAGAUAGGGGAACCCAAGUUGAUCUAUAAGUGCUCCAUGUGUGACACGGUAUUCACUCUGCAGUCCCUGCUCUACACACACUUCGACCAGCAUGUAGUCAAUCAUAAAGUUUCAGUGUUCAAAUGCCCAGACUGCUCUAUGCACUAUGCACAGAAACAGCUCAUGUUGGACCACAUCAAGACCAUCCACGGGACCCUGAAGACCAUUGAGGGGCCACCUAAUCUGGGCAUCAACCUGCCUCUCAGCACCAAGCCCACCAACUCCAACAGUAAUAAUGGAAACAGUCCCAGCAGUAAUAAUAACACCAGGGAUGGAGGGAAUGUCAACGGUCAAGACAAGGGCGACAAGAAGCCUCCCCCGUCGCCGCUGAAGAAAACCAACAGUAAUCACUCAGCAGACCUCAGGAACCCCCCUGGCCCCGGGUACACAUGUGGAGACUGCGACUGCCUCUUCACCUCCAGGGAGGUCUUCGUGUCUCAUAUGAGGCGUGAACACGGCAAGACAUUGAAGAAGCAUCCAUGUCGACAGUGUGACAAAUCCUUCAGCUCCUCGCACAGCCUCUGCCGGCACAACCGACUCAAACACAAGGGGCUGCGCAAGGUCUACACCUGCCCACACUGUCCAGCGCUCAGUCAGCCGUUCACUAAGAGAGUGCUGCUGGACCAGCACAUUCAGCUGAUGCAUGGGAAGAUAAAUGACCCUGAUAAUAUGGACACAAUAACAGACAAGGAGCACUCUCAGACUCUCAGCCCCAAGAGAAAGCAGGAAGAUGACGAGGCGACUCCCGGCUUGCACCUCAGGAGCUCGGACUCACAGCCGCUGAAGAAGCUCAAGGUGAACAUCCUCAAAAUUCACAAGUGUGCCGUCUGCGGCUUCACCACCGAGGACAUUACCGCCUUCCACAAGCACAUCCCCCAGCACAAGUCUGACGGGUCGUCCUACCAGUGUCAGGAGUGCGGCCUCUGCUACACCUCCCACCACUCCCUGGCCAGACACCUCUUCAUUGUCCAUCGGCUGAAGGAGCCGCAGGGUCUCGCCCGAUGCAACGGACGGGGCGGUGGCGACAGCGAUAGCCAAAGGGAGAACCAGAUGGACGUCACAGAUGAGAACGAUGACGGGACACCGAAUACCAAAUGCAAAGUGUGUGGGAAGAUGUUUGAAACGGAGGGAAACCUGAAUACACACAUGAGGACGCACGGGAUGGCCUUCAUUAAGUCCAAGAGACUGAGCACGGCCGAGAAGUGAGAGGACCCUGGUUUUGAGCCGCUGUUGUCGUACCAUUCCAUCUGAGAGACGAUAUCGCUGUUUUAAAAUUUAUACCGUUUAUUAACCAGCUUGCAGACAAGUGCGACGAUGACACUUCUUCUAUCUCCGUUGACUGUUGUGCCCACAUAUAUGAAGUAUAACAUAUAUGUACUAAAAUAUGUACACAGUAUACAAAUCUCAUGUGUUUAAAGAAUAUGUAAUAUAUGUCAAAGUCACUUUAUGUGUAUUUAAUUAAACUGAACAAUAAGAUAAAACAUUUUUGUACACUUUAUGGCAUAGAUGUUUCUAUAGGCCUUGAAUAGAUCUUUUUAUAGAAGAGCUUUUUAUUUUAAACAGUUUCCAUUGUGGUCUUCUCACUAGGAUUGUGGAUAGAUCAUGUAUGAAUAUAUUGUUGUAACGGGAUGAAUCCUCAUACAGUUGGCAGUGUUCUGAAUUUUCUAUAUGCUGCUAACGUCCAACGAAUGUCUGAAAAACACUUUGGGAACUUAGAGUUUCCUAAAUUUCCUAGCUGGUCUUCCACUUGAACGUGGUGGUUGGGUGGAAGACUGGAAUCAUACAUUUUGUUGUGUUUGUUUUUAAUUUGUUUUUUCAAUUCGUUGAUAAUAAAAUUUCUCAGCCCCUCUGAGUUCCGCUCCCAAAACACUGUCUGACAGAGCUAAAGCUAAAUGAUCAUGAGAAGGACUAAUAAAAAAAUCUAAAGAGUGAUAUGCCAGAUUCGUGUUUGCAAAGGGGAAAGGUGUAAAAUGAGUUUUACAACUUUCUCCCAAAAAUCAUGAAACAGCAUAUGUUUGCGAGCGUAUGUCCAGAUCGUCCCAUCAGAUAACUGAUGACUUCAGGACAAUCAGUCAAAGAGGAACAGCCUGUCGCUCCUGUUCAUUGGUCAGCGGUGUUUUCUGUUGCUGUUGUUUACACAUCCAGGAUGAAAGCACCUAAAUUUGUACACUACAUCCUUAUGUGCUGCUUCCACCUCUAUGUCACCUCUUCAACAUGAAAACCCCUAAAAUAAUGAGUUUGAAAUAGCAUUGAAGAGUUCACCACUUUGUGUAUGACUGUGGUAAUAUAUCAUGAGUCUGCGUCAGUCAGAUGUUGAUUGAAGACGUACCAUAUGGGCCAAAUCUGAAUUUCUUUGAGAUAUGUGUUUUUAUAUGCAGAGGGCAAUGUUUUGUUUUGUGUUUUAAUAUCUGUUUCAUGGUAUCUCCUGCCCUUUCUUUUUUUUUUUUUUUCUUUAUUUCUGUGGCAGCUCUUUUUGAUCAUGACUGACUUACAAAUAAGGUGACUUUAUUUCCAUGAAUAUUUAAGAUAUAAGAUACAGAGCACUUGCCUUUCUUUUGAUGGCAGCCUUAUUUACACAAGCAUAUUACAUCCUUCUUUUUGGCCUAAUAAAAAUUCAAAAACCAGAGAUAAAUAUUGCAAUGUCCCUGUAUAUUAUCACUAAUGACAGCAACAUCCUUCUAUCUGUUUCUAGCUGUUACACAUUUCUCUGUGGUUCUUUAAUUUAACACAAGAUCAUAGCUGAUACUGGCUGAAUUUUUCAGCGUAAGGAAGACGAGGGAAGAUUUUGCAGGCCAGAAAUCACAUUGGAAUAAAUCCAACAGAACUGACUUGCCUUCAAGGAAUGUAAAUGUUGCUGUAAAACUGGAGUGAGAAAACAUACAUAUUAUACAUAUUAUAUUGAAGACAGCUAUUUAAAUAAAAUGAACAAUCCAUUUUAAGAGACGUGUGAGAAAGCCGUGACGAGAUUAUUUUCAGUUGGUCUCUUUGCUCCAUGUAUUUCAUAAAAUAGCAUUCUGUUUUGGACAUUAGUUUUUGUUUUUUGUUUUUUUCUACUCUGACAAUAGGACUAUAAUUGUCUGGCACUGUAAAACUGCAUGUGAGAAGCAGUCUGUGAAUUGUUUGUUGAUUAGAAUGUGUUUUUGCUGCUGCUGCUGUUUUUAGACCUGUUCAAUGCUUGUGUACAAAACUGUUCUUGAUGUCAAUAAAUGAUGAAACCUGCAAGGGGCAAGAUCCGA